UCAUAAAUCAAUCCAAUCCAAUCCAAUCCCAAUUGCAAAUACAUAUAAAUAUCCAUCUCUCUCUCUGCAGAUUUGCUCAUUAUAUAUAUAAAUUAUCCACCCACUCGACUCGACUCGACUCUUCCGAUCCGCUCGCUCUAAUGGCUGCGCCUGCGCCUUCCUCGGAGCUAUCGCCAUCGCCAUCGCCAUCGCCUCCGCCAGCAUCUCCUCCUCAAGGCAGCUCCAAAUACAGAUGGGCCGCCCUGGUGGGGCUCAACUACGGGUGCCUGUUCGUGGGGUCGGUGUCGGCCAGCCUGAUCACCAAGUACUACUUCGCCCACGGCGGCUCCAGCCGGUGGGUCUCCACCUGGGUGCAGUCGGCGGGGUUCCCCGUCCUCCUCCCCGUCGUCUUCCUCGUCGCCCCCCGCCUCUCCGCCCGCAGGCCCUUCUCCGGCGGCUUCACCGGCGCGCUGCUCCUCCUCUCCCUGGCCGUCGGCGUCUUCACGGGCGUCAACAACCUCCUCAUCUCCUGGGGCAUCUCCUACCUCCCCGUCUCCACCGCCUCCCUCGUCCUCUCCACCCAGCUCGCCUUCAACCUCGUCCUCUCCGCCCUCAUGGUCCGCCAGCGGGUCUCCUUCAACAACCUCAACUGCGUCGUCCUCAUCACCCUCAGCUCCGUCCUCCUCGCCCUCAUCUCCAGCCACGAGCGCCCCCCGGGGGUCACGCCGGCCAAGUACCUGCUGGGCUUCUUCGCCACGCUGGGGGCCGGCCUGAUGUUCGCCCUCUACCUGCCGCUCAUGGAGAUCAUCUACCGCCGCGUCCGCUGCUACGCCAUGGUCGUCGAGAUGCAGCUGCUGAUGCAGAUCGCUGCCACCGUCUUCGCCACCGUCGGGAUGGCGGCGGACGGAGGGUUCAGGGACAUGGCCGCGGAGAGCAAGGCGGUCUUCGACAGGGGCCCCGCGGCCUACUGGUGGACGAUCGCUGGGUGCCUGGUGGCGUGGCAGGUGUGCUUCCUGGGGACGUCGGGGAUGGUGUACCUGACGUCGUCGCUCACCGGCGGGAUCUGCACGACCGCGCUGCUCGCGAUGAAUGUGAUCGGCGGGGUGGCGGUGUUCGGCGACGGCUUCGGCGGCGUGAAGGCGGUGGCCACCGUGAUGUGCCUCUGGGGAUUCUGUUCGUAUCUGUACGGAAUGUACGCCCGGUCGAAGAACAGGGAGGGGUAUACUUGUCAUUUCAAGGAUGCACCUGGGAACGAUAAUAAUGAUACCAACCAUAACAAUAAUAAUAAUAAUAAUAAUAAUAAUAAUGUGUGAAACUGAAAAAAUAAAAAUAAAAAUAAAAAUUGGAGAGGUCGGUAAUGGAGGAGGGGAUCCUGAAGACUACCUAUUUAUUUAUUAAUUAUUUAAAUUAUUUAUUGGAUAAUAAUUGCUUUGGUUUGCUUUAAUUGAGACGCGAAUUAUUAAAGCACACAUAUCAUUAAUUUUUUUCUUGCAUAGGUCAAAAUAUUAUCUCAAUGUGCAUUAAUAUAUUUGUGACUAAUGCAAUACACUUCUUCAUCAAUUAUAUGGUAAAUCUAUCAUUUUCUUUUCUUCGUUAUAAUUGUCUCGGAAUUUUUAGAGAAUUUAG